AAACAAUUAAUAUGCAACGAAGGAGCCUUGAAAUUGCAUUGCUAAUAAUUUUUUUUUAAGUUGCAGAGAAGUUGUUUCUCAUAGUCCUUAACGAUCCCCUUAGUGCUGUCACUUUACCGAGUAGCUCUCUCCAGUCUCCAACACAGAAAAGAACAAUAUGAAUAUGAGUGGAUGGGGGGCAUUAUGGCCAGUACACGAUUUCGCUCCCGACCCAUGUUAUCUAACUCAGCUUAUUGAAGGUCAUGAUGACAAAUUAUUCAAAGUUGCUGAGGCUGAAAACUUCGUGAAGGAGAUAGAAUUAGAUAAAUGUGGUCAAUCGUAUGCUGUGGUUUCUAUCAUAGGUCCCCAAAGUAGCGGGAAGAGCACACUCUUGAAUAAGUUGUUUGAUACCGAUUUCAAAGAGAUGAACGCUAAAGAGGGAAGGUCUCAAACAACCAAAGGAGUCUGGAUUGCUCGGUGUGCAGGCAUUAAGCCUUGCACACUUGUGUUGGAUUUGGAGGGAACUGAUGGAAAAGAGCAGGGAGAUAAGGAUGAUACUUUAUUUGAAAGACAGAGUGCUCUAUUUGCUCUAGUGGUCUCAGAUAUAUUUCUUAUAAACAUGUGGUGCCAUGACAUUGGCCGCAACAAUGCAGCGAAUAGGCCACUUUUAAAAACUAUCUUUCGGGCCAGGAUGAAAUUAUUUACUCCACGCAAAAUAACAUUGCUUUUUGUCAUUCGCGAUAUAACAAAGACACCAUUUGAAUUGUUAAAAAGGCUCUUGCUAACAGAUAUGGAGGAGAUAUGGAAAGAUUUUACUACAUCUAAUCCAGACUCCCAAAAUGAAGCCGCACUAAGCAAUUUUUUCAGUGUUGAGAUGGUUGCUCUUUCUAGUUAUGAACGUGAGGAAGAGAAAUUUAAGGAGGAGGUUGCGGAAUUGCGAGAAAAAAUCUGCGAUAUUGCUCGGGACUCCAGUGGAGUAGUUCCUGCGUUAGACUUUACUUACAGUUGUCAGAAAAUCUGGGAAAAGAUUAAGGCAGACGAGGACCUCGACGUUCCAUCUCAUAAGAUUAUGGUUGCUACUGUCCGAUGUGAACAAAUUGCCAGGAAGAAGUACGAGAAUUUAGCUGCAAAAAAGGAAUGGCAUCAAUGGAAAGAGGAUACGAAUCGUAGCACCACUCUUGAAUUUGUGAAAUGGCUCAGUUCACAACUUGAUACUUGUUUGUCAGAGUAUGAUGCUGAAACCACUUAUUAUGAUGAAGGUCCAAGAUCUACAUACCGAAAUCAACUUAAAGAAAAUUUGUUGCUGCGUUUUGAACCAGCACUGGUAUGUGUAUUGGAGCAUAUAGGAUCUACAAUUUUGGAGGAGUUCAAGCACACAUUUCAAAAGGGAUUAUUGAAUCAAGGGGAGUAUUUUUAUGCACGUGCUAGUAAUUGCAUUGAGUAUUGUUUGUCUAAAUUUGACCAAGCCUGUCCAGUUGCAGAUGCUGUGAUUGAAACGACAAAUAAGCACAAAAUUGGAGCAAGGAGGAAAUUGCAGUCUGAUAUUGUCUCAGUGGUUACUUCAUCUUGUGAGAAAAAACUAAAAGAAGUCUUGUCUGGAUCCAUUGAAAAAGAACUCUCUGGUGAAGUUAUUAAAGAUCUUUCUUGGAAAUCAAUACGGGAACUUCUCAAGAAUGAGGUGGAAUCAACUGGUUCCCGGUUAUUUACUGCACUUACUGGGCUUGGUAUAGAUGCAGACACAAGGGAGAAAAUGACUGAGAGGUUAGAGGAUUAUGCAAAGGGUGUUGUAGAAGAAAAGGUUAGGGGUGAAGCUAAAAGUGUUCUGAUGCGAAUGAUGAAGUGUUUCGCAAGCAGGUUUAUGAACCGUCUUUACACAGGCAAAGAUGACAUUCCAACUGCCGCGAAGUCUGCUCGCCGUUAUUCUUUGGAAUUGCUAUCUAUUUUGGCUGCAAUUCGUUUGAAUGAAGAUGAUAUUGAUGACAUUAAGGAAAAAUUAGAAGCUGAAUUAUUCGUAUCAUCAAGCAGCAGCGUGAAGUAUGAUCCACUGCUCAUAGGUCCUGACAUUUGGGAACAGAUUCCAUCCUGUCGGACACUGAUUGGACCUCGCUCAUGCAAAACGGUGUGGGAUCAAUUCAUGCAAGAAACUGAGAUCAUUAUCUCGAAGGCACUUAAACAGGUCAGGCCCUUAAAAUUGUGCAGAAUUUUUAAAGUUGUUGGCAAAGUUGCCUCUGCCGGUUUAUGUUUGACCGCAAUGUUGGCGGCGUUGUUGGGUACGUGAAAGACCUAAGCCUUUUAAGCUCGAAAAGACUGGGAAGUCUAAAGCCUAAAGCCCAACUACAAAAAAUAAAAAAGUUUGGAAUACAUGAGACAGACUAUUUACUAGCGUUUGUUUGCUGUAUUUUUCUUUUAUCUAGCAUGAGACAGAUUAUGACACACUGAGUCACUGAUUGUGUUAUUAUGUUUAACUAAGUCAUUAAGUAUACUGCACCUGCAGAAUAUAUAGUGUGGCUGCAGGGGCAGUUCGGUAACUCUACGUCUCUACCCUAAAGGUGAUCUGUUAUGCAUGAUAAGUAUUUAGGCCAGCUGCCACUGUUUAACUAA